AUGACUUCGCCCGACAACCGUAAAUCCGUCCUCAUAACUGGCUGCUCACCAGGGGGUAUCGGUCAUUCCCUAGCCCUUGAGUUCCAGCGCAAUGGCCUGCGAGUUUUUGCAACCGCCAGAAACAAAGAGGUGCUUGGGGACCUCGAGGAGAAGGGAAUUGAGGCCAUGAACUUAACGGUAGACGACGAGCAGAGCAUCCUAGCAUGCUUUGAAGAGCUCAAGUCUAAGCUAGGCAAAGGGAAAGGACUGGAUAUUCUCGUCAAUAAUGCUGGACGGAAUUAUACCGUCCCAGCACUUGAUGUUGACAUGGACGAAGUGCGUCAGACGUUCGCAACUAACAUUAUAGGAGUGAUUCAUAUGUGCAAGGUCUUCACUCCGCUCAUCAUUGAAGCCAAGGGCACUAUUGUGCAGAUUGGAUCUGUUGCAGGGAUGAUACCCUAUGUUUUCGGCUCUGUAUAUAAUGCCACCAAAGGCGCAUUGCAUUCAUACAGUGACACGCUCAGAGUGGAACUAGAACCCUUCGGCGUCAAAGUUGUCACUAUCAUAACUGGCGGCGUUCAAUCCCGGAUUGCACGUACGCCACGUCGUUUGUUGCCGAAUUCUCUCUACCAGCCCAUUCGAUCCGAAUAUGAUCGAAGAGUUGUGCACAGCCAGGAUAAUGCCACCCCAAAUGAAGCGUAUGCUCGCCGGGUAGUGACCCAGGUACUUUAUGGGCCAGCUCCGUGGCGUUGGCUGUGGCCGUGGGGUGUAAGCCCGAGAAAAUGGGUUUGGGCUGGAAGCAAAGUUACCUCGAUUUAUCUGCUGUACGGCGCCUUUUUUUGGGUCGGAAUCUUCAACUAUGCCUUGGGGCGUAUGUUCAACUUGGGAAAGUUGAGAUCCCGGUCAUAA